UUACUCACAAAAGACCAUCUGAUUCAAUUUGAAUUGUUGGGAAUCAGUUAGCUGCAGUUAGUGAACGUAAACAUAAUAUGACCAUCAUUCUGGACAUGGAUUUUCCAGAAAUUGCCAGUCUGUUGUGGAAACAAAACAGACUGAAAACAUUCAAGAAAUGGCCUUUCAAGAACUCAGACAAGUGUAACGUAGGAAGUAUGGCUGCUGCUGGAUUUUAUUUUGUUGGAAAUCAAGAUGAGCCCGAUUUAGUCGAAUGUUUUAUCUGUAAUAAGCAACUAGAUGGGUGGGAAUCGCACGAUGAUCCAUGGACAGAACAUGUAAAGCACAAACCUGACUGCUUCUUUGUAACUUUGAAUAAGAUGAAUGAAAAAGAUUGGACAGUAGAAGAACUGUACAAAUUGUAUAAAAAGCACCAAUACAACAAAUAUGUGCAGGACUCAACUUCAAUGCUUCUGAAACUGCAAGAUGAAGCUGCAGCCUUAAAAAAUGAACUAUUUGCAAUGCAUCAAAAAAACAGUGGCUUAUAAUAGCUCAAAUGAAGUGUUGCCUGAUUGUUACUGUCCACAAUUUAUACAAUAAAAUUAUCACAAACGUAUACGUUUAGAGAUUUCGAUCGCCAACAAUGACGUCGUUUGGAAAAAAAAUGGAACGACGUCGGUACGAUGUUCUUUCUUGAGAGAUAUACUCAAUAAGCUCGAGAAAAAAUUGGAAAUAUGGAAAAACAAGAUCGAAAGGCGGUUUUUCUCGCUACCAACCACUUCUUCAGUGUGUUGCGUGGUUGACAAACUGCUUUGCGAUUACAUUAUCUGAACAUUUCUGUUUUGCAUUUUUCGACAUUAAAUGUUCUG